UUCGUUAUCCUCAUCGCUCUCGUCUCUCUCUCUAAACACGGGGUUUUUUCUCUACUCUCUCUCUCUAAAGAGAGGCCCUCCCACCACCUUAUAUAAGUCCAGAUGCUUGAGUCUUGACCCCACAUCUUUCUUUCUUCUGCAACUCAACCUCUCAUUUUCUCUCUCUCUUCAAUCAAGCUUCUAAUGAUUUUCCGUGCUAAUUAUUCUCAAGGAAUCGGUAUAUGCCCCAUCUGAUUCUUUCUCUCUUUAGGAAUAUCCAUUUUUAUGCUCCAAUUGUUUAGAACCCAGAUUCUUGCUGGGUCUUUCUCUUACUUAACAAGUCUAGCAAGCAUGCUAUAGUGAAACAAACAUGAGCAAUUCUCUUUCUAUAAAUCCAGUUUGUGUGCCCAAUCCUUUGGCACCCAGAAUUUUGUUGGGUUUUUCGCCAUGUCUGAGAAGGUCUUGUCACAAUUCACAGAGGCUUUUGGAAGUUGGUCUUUAUGGCUCUAGAGUGAGAAAAGGAGUUGGUUUUUGUAGUUCUAGAGAGGGAAAAGGUGUUGGGUUUUGCAGUUCUAGAGAGAGACGAGGUGCGGUCUUUGGGAAGAGGAGAGAGAUGGGGGACGUAGAGGAAGUAGAGGAAGUAAAGGAGGAAGGGCCUCCUGUUUUGGAAGAAGAGUCUUUGUUGGAGGUGGAGUCGAAGCCCCGAAGAAUAGCUCUCUUUGUCGAGCCUUCGCCUUUUGCUUAUGUCUCGGGAUACAAAAACCGAUUCCAAAAUUUUAUCAAGUAUCUUCGAGAAAUGGGGGAUGAGGUUAUUGUUGUGACCACUCAUGAAGGAGUACCUCAAGAGUUCUAUGGUGCCAAACUGAUAGGUUCAUGGAGCUUUCCCUGCCCAUGGUAUCAGAAGGUGCCACUUUCUCUGGCUUUGAGCCCUAGAAUUAUUUCAGAGGUUGCAAAAUUCAAGCCUGACAUAAUACAUGCAUCAUCACCAGGAGUAAUGGUAUUUGGUGCCCUAGUAAUUGCAAAACUACUGUGUGUGCCCCUCGUCAUGUCAUAUCACACCCAUGUUCCAAUAUAUAUCCCAAGAUAUACAUUCAGCUGGCUUGUCAAGCCAAUGUGGCUGAUAAUAAAGUUUCUACACAGAGCAGCAGAUCUGACGUUGGUUCCUUCUGCUGCCAUUGCCAAGGAUCUUCAAGGUGCUAGAGUCACUGCUGCCCAUAAGAUACGGCUCUGGAACAAGGGGGUGGAUUCUGAGAGCUUUCAUCCUCGUUAUAGGAAUGAGGAGAUGCGAAUCCAAUUAACCAAGGGAGAACCAGAAAAACCUCUGAUCAUUCAUGUCGGCCGCUUGGGAGUCGAGAAGAGCUUGGAUUUUCUUAAAAGCCUCAUGGACAGGCUACCGGAGGCACGGAUUGCUUUUGUAGGAGAUGGUCCUUACAGGUAACACACUUGCAUCUAACGUUCUUGUUUAUUUAUUUAUUUACUUUUUUUCAUGAGCAACUUCGUUAUUUCCUACAUAGUCAAAAGUUUAAGGUUUUAAAUAAGGGUGUGGUUUGUAUAGAGCCGAGGCCCUAAACAAUCA